UUCUCCCGCUUAGGCUGCUCCCUGGUUACAGUUGCAAGUGUGAUGGGUCUAUAGUUAGCCAGAUCCGUUUUGUCCUUUAUCAACGGCACUACAACAGUUCUCAUAAGACCCUCUGUUUCAGAAUGGGUGGUCACAGUCAUGGCCAUGGAGAACCUUACCAAAUCCCGGACUAUAAAACGUUUAAAGUAGAAGGAAUAAAACAGCUAGAAGACCUUCAGGUUGCACUCGCUAAGAAAUGUCUGAAGGACCCUUGGAUCAGGAAUGAGGUUUGGCGGUAUCACCCAGGAUUCGGCACGCGUGCAUCGCGUGCGCGCGUACUAUUCACUCGUGGCAUGCCACUUGGUCUUGGUCUCGCCAUGGUGUCUACAAUCAUCUAUAAAGCUUUACCAGAUGGUCAUGGUCAUGGUGACCAUGAACAUGGUGACAGUGGUCACUAAAGCUGUUAAUUAUAUAUUAGAAAUUUAGUUUAUUGGUUUAUACUACGUUUUGAGUUUUCACCCCUUAAAUUUCAGACAAGAUCAGGUGCUCCUUGAGACAUAAUGUAAUUUAAAUAAAAGUUUUAAGUUAACAUUCAGUUUCACUUUAUGGCCAAUAUAGCAAAUAAUAUCACUAUUUAUACAUGAAACAGUGGUUUUUGGAAUGUCCUUGAAAUCAUAACAAAUUCUUGUAGUUGGCACACUAGUGAUGAAAGAGACUCAGUCUUUUAAGGUGUUUUAAAAAACCUCGACUAAUUUUCAACUCCUCACGACUAGUCUAGUCUCUUAACCCUCAAGUCUCGAGUCAUAAGACUAAAACUGAAGACUAAUAUGAGUCAAAGUCUUUUAACCCUAGGAAGCUUAAAAGACAUAGGACUGAAACGACUGAAAUGACGUGCGCCUCAUAACCUCGGGAGUCGCGAAUCAUGAGCUGUAUGGUGUGAUUUUAUUUCUACACACAAAGUAUUUAUUUUACAAUUUUUAUUAUAAGUAAAUAAACGUGAUUAUUUACUAUAUACUACUUACGUCAUUUUUAUUUAUAAACUUCGGGUUUAAUAAGA